AUGACUUCGCUCAAUAAGUCAGGCGAUACCCAAUUCACGGUCUUCAUCCGUCUACCUUUUCCCAGGGGAGAAUUUGUUGACCCUCCUCCUGUCGAAUGGAAUGCCGCCAAGGACCAAGCUCUUUGGGAUCUCCUAUCGCGUCCGUCCAAGGGAGAUGAUAUAGACUGGAAGGCAUUAGCGGAGAGCUUUGACGUUACUCUGCAAUUCCUCCUUCAGCAGGCAGCAUGGCUGUACGAUCGACAGCUCGCCCAGGUUCGCGCGCAAAUGCGCAAAGUCCCCAACACCCAGUCGAAUUCGCCGUCUCCUGCUCCUGGUUCUGUCUCCGGAAGCACGGCUUUGGGGAACCCUCCGGCUAGUAAAGGGGCGCCCACCAUCAGUACCGGCUCCAGACCCCCAAAUCGGCUGACGCUACAACAGAAGGAUAAUGUUCCUCCACGUGGCAUCGCGUCACGGCGCACAAGCUCCACAACCACCGUGAACCAGAUCAAAGGCCCUCGAGAAUCACCGCGUAAUGAAACCCCAGCUAGCGAGCCGAAAGACCCUAGACGCGAAAGCUUUAGUCGACGUCCAUCGACAAGCCGACGGGAUCAGACGCCCAACAUUCCAGUUCACAGGUCGCCAACGCUUGAAGAAGAAGACCUCACGUCAAGCUCCUCCGAGUCCGAAUCCGACGACGGCAGAAUUAUGGCCAGUCGGCGGGGUCCUCGAUUUCGAUUUGGUAAAUUUUCCAUGCAUCGGGCUGAAUUGCGGGAUGAGGACGAGGACGAGGACGAGUCCCCGGCGUUUGUCCCCCUUUCUCCCGAGCGGGAGUCAGCUCCCCGCGAUCCAUCUGCCCAGGAUCUCAACGCCACCCUUCGCGACGAGCCUACCGAUCCGCGACGGCGGAUGGUGAAUCCAAACCAGGUUGCAAGACAGCCGAUUACGAUGGAGUCGUCCGCGAGUUCGAUCAGUUCGGGGAAUCCGGCCACUUUGCCCGCGGGCGAUCGACGCCGACGUGCAAACCAGAUGCGGACAGAGUUGGGGUAUAGCUCGCGACGGUCCGUUACCUCUGGAAGAGAGGCUAGCGACGGCACGCCCAGCAUGGGAAGUAGCUUUAGUGACCUAGAUGAUGCAAGCGUCACUCAGUCUGCACUGGAGGAGGCUCUCAUGAGCAACAUGCAGCACGGCGGAAUGGCCAGCCGAAUGAGUACGAUCAGCCAAGCUUUACGGAGUCGGUAUUUGCGAGGGAUCACGUGGGUCUCCGCUGUGCCGAAGGCGGUGAGCAGUUCACCGGUGCCCCUCGGCUUCUUCUGGGGCGGAGGCGGCCAUGCCGAGUCGCUUGACAGCUCCCUCAUCCUCAACAAUUCAACAGACUCCUUGCUGUCUUCCCUGUAA